CUGGAAUCCGUAUUGCAGUCUCACUUCCCCCCGUUCAUCAUCUUUUCCCUUGUCCCUGCUCUCUAACGUAGGACCACACCCACAAGCCAGGGAAGGAGGGGAAGCCAUCUCCCCACCCACACACCCACAAACAGAUCUAGAGAGAGAGAGAGAGAGUCUUGUUAUGCAUUUAUGCACCUCCACUGGGGUUCCUAACUUAGUUCUGGCCUAGGCUUUAAUUGCCUCGCAGAGCCACCAGAAAUUUCCUUUCUCUGGGAAGAGAGAGAGAGAGAGAUUGGCCCAAAACCAUAAUAACUGUCAAAAGCUGCAAGUGUCAACGUUAGACUUGAAGGCACCUUGUGAUACAUCUCUAGUUCUGGUCACCUAUAUCUCACUCAGGCUCAUGUAUUAGUCUCUCUUCUACUCUAUCGUCUGGUAAGGGGGGUGAGAGAGAGAGAGAGAGAGAGAGAGAGAGUAAUGGCGAUUAAGAUGGAGGGCUUCUCGGUGAUACUGUUCAUCUGUUUAGUUGGAAUCAGCAGCAGUAGUAGUAGUAGUGGUGGUGGUACAAAGGAUGAAGGACAAGAGGUGGAUCGAAUCUCAGCCCUUCCAGGACAACCACCGGUGACUUUCUCGCAGUUUUCCGGUUACAUUACUGUGAACGAGACACACGGCCGUGCUCUCUUUUAUUGGUUUACAGAGGCCACUACUCAUCCUGAAAAGAAGCCUCUGGUGCUUUGGCUUAAUGGAGGUCCUGGUUGUUCAUCGAUAGCAUAUGGGGCAUCAGAGGAAAUCGGGCCAUUCAGGAUCAAUAGAACCGGUUCAUCUCUUUACCUCAACAAAUAUUCAUGGAAUAAAGAGGCAAACAUUCUCUUUCUUGAAUCACCUGCCGGUGUGGGUUUCUCAUACACAAAUACAAGUUCAGAUCUAACGGAUUCUGGGGACCAACGCACUGCUCAGGAUGCUUUGAUUUUUAUGAUAAGAUGGAUAUCGAGGUUUCCACAAUACAAAUAUAGAGACUUCUAUAUCUCUGGGGAAAGCUAUGCAGGACAUUAUGUCCCUCAGUUAGCGAAGAAAAUCCACGAUUACAAUAAAGCUUAUUCCGAGCCCUUCAUCAACCUUAAAGGAUUCAUUGUGGGGAAUGGUGUAACAGAUAGCUACUAUGACAAUAUUGGAACAGUGACAUUCUGGUGGAGCCAUUCCAUGAUAUCAGACAGGACCUAUAGAUCAAUCCUCUCUUUAUGCAACUUCACAUUGACGAAUUUCUCUCAGUCCUGCAAUGAUGUUAUCAAUUAUGCCAUCAACAGUGAAUUCGGAAAUAUCGAUCAAUACAGUAUCUAUACACCAACAUGUACAGCUUUAUCUCAUAAUAAUGGUACUAAAGAAUCGGUUAUGAGGCUCAAGAACACACUCUUGCAUCGCCGUACGUAUGGAUACGAUCCAUGUACAGAGAAUUACGCAGAGAAAUACUAUAACAGACCUGAAGUUCAGAGGGCUAUGCACGCCAAUACUACAGGCAUUCCUUAUAAGUGGACAGCUUGCAGUGAUGUCCUGAUCAAGAAUUGGACGGACAGCCAGUUUUCCAUGUUGCCCACUUACAGGGAAUUGAUGGCAGCAGGCCUAAGAAUCUGGGUUUUCAGUGGAGACACAGAUUCAGUGGUUCCAGUUACUGCCACUAGGUUUUCCCUCAACCAUCUCAAUCUCACUGUGAAGACUCAGUGGUAUCCAUGGUAUUCAGGUGGCCAGGUGGGAGGAUGGACUGAGGUUUAUGAAGGUCUAACCUUUGCGACAGUAAGAGGGGCUGGUCAUGAGGUUCCACUCUUCCAACCCAAGCGAGGAUUUACCCUUUUCAGUUCAUUCUUGGCCGGAAAAGAAUUACCCAAAUCUUAAUACACCAAACCAAAGAAGAAUAACACAUCUGAAGAUCAGUAAUCAUUUAUCUUGGAGGCACAAUUAAAUUGUUUGAGCUGUAUCCAUACAAUCAAUGGGUGCGAGCUGCUAGAUUAGGUUUUGUUAUCUCAUUUAAGCUCUAUGUUUAAGGUUCAUGUGUUUGAAAACAGUGUCAUCCAUUCUUCAAGUAUAAUAAGCUUUCAGCUGUAAAAUGUAUC